AUGGAGGGAAAGCCUCACUCCAGCCAAACGUAUAACACCGCUGGACGGAUGAGCUGGAUGAAGCAAGACCUCGGUCUGCCGAUAAACAAAGAGAAAGCGGCUGCUGGUUUCGACCUGGUCUGGAGCAUAAUUUCCGACGCCUUCAAGCACAGCAACGAGAACUGCGCGAACAUAGCCCCAAACGUGAGCUUGAAGGAUCUCUUUCGAGAAAAGCUCGCAGAACGGUCUUUGAGUCAUGACGACCGGAAUCUCGUCUUACAGCUGGCGGAGAUGUGGGGCGCUUUCGUUGGUGAUUCUUGGGAAAGACAGAGUCUCAAAUGGUUCUGGCUGGAAGAAUGUCUUGACGGAGAAAACCUCUUCAUCGCGGAUACUCACCACGCAAUACUCCAACGUAUGGCUAAGAGCGCUAUGAGGGAUGCCGAUAUCCAUCUUUCUAAAACGGCAACGAGCAUAGAGGACCGCAAGGGAAAGGACAAAGAUCCGAGGGUACUUAUCAGGACCGAGCACUGCGACUUCGAGUUCGAUGAAGUGGUCGUCACCCGAGACGCCUCCUACAGCCGCUUGGAGAAGGUCUACAUCGCCUUCCCCGUCGCCUUUUGGGAUUCGCCGCUUCCAGGCGCUCCAAAUGCAGACUCUACAUCUCCAACCACAUCCGCUUCGUUCCCAAGCUUCGCCCACUUUCUCCAUCCGACUUACGUUCCUGACCAGCAGAAAUCAUGGACAGUGGAGCUCAACCUCCUCUCCUCAGCUGCCGUCUUCGGCAACCGCGCUCAACCCGUCCUUCUGUUCACCAUAUACGGCCCUUGUGCCACCCACGUAACGUCGCUCAUCGCACCAUUCUCGCUCGCGAGCACCCAAUACUUCGACGUGCUAAAUGACUUCUUCCGCCCGUACUACAGCCUGCUUCCCAACUACGUAGCCGACCAUCCCGACUGCUUUCCAAGCGCCGUUCUUGCCACGAACUGGCAAAACGACGACCUAGCCGGAAACGGCUCCUACACAAAUUUCCAAAUCAGCAGCGAGGUUGGAAAUGCGGAAGAGGAGGUUCUACUCGACGAAGACGUCCGAGAAUUAAGGGCAGGGAUGCCGGAGCAUGGGAUUUGGUUUGCAGGCGAACAUACGGCGCCGUUCGUCGCGCUAGGCACGUCGACUGGUGCUUACUGGAGCGGGGAAUCGGUGGGGAUCAGGAUUCUAGGCGCGAACGGGCUUCUUGCAAAAUGUUCAAAGGACCCCAAUCCAAACGCGGAUGUUCUGCCCUGA